AUGGCUUCUGGGCUGACAGAGGAUCUCCUCCAGUGUGACAUGUGUAAGGAGAAUUUCAAGGAUCUAGUCUCCAUUCCCAGUGGACACAGAUACUGCAGACAGUGCAUCUGUAUGUGGGAUUUGUCUGAAUUAGUACAAGUCCAGCAGGCAGAGUUCAGUCAUGUUAAUCCAGACCACUGCUACACUGGACCUGGAGAUGUGGCCUGUGAUUUCUGCACUGGGAUGAAGCUGAGAGCUGUGAAGUCCUGUCUGACCUGCCCUGCCUCCCUCUGUGAGAACCAUGUUAGACUUCACUACACAAUACCAGCACUGCAGAGACACACACUGGUGGAGGUGACUGGAGACCUGGAGCAGAGACUCUGUCAGCAGCACCACAGAGCUCUGGAGGUGUUCUGUAAGACUGACCAGAAACACCUCUGUAAGGUUUGUGCAGUGGAGGGACACAAAAACCACAGUAAAUUCUACACAGAGAUCUCUAAUGUACCAGACACUUCAAGCUUUCUAAAGCUUACUGCUGAAAACAUGAAAAAAGAAUUCAAAAUCUUUAAAUGCAGACUGGAUGAGGAUUUUCCAGAUUGUUUAGGGUCAGAAAGACUGGAAGAUCUUAAUAUUAGUAAAGUAGUUGAAAAGAUGUUGGAGAGCUUUGGAGAAGAGGGAGCUCUAAGGAUUACCUUCAACUUCCUGGAUAUGGGUGUUUCUCUUAGAACGGUCACAGAUGUUAUUAAAGCAAACCUGCUAAAGAAAUUUCAACAUAUAUCAGAAGGAAUUUCACAACAAGGACAUCUGAUAUUUCUGAAUGAGAUCUACACAGAGCUCUACUUUACAGAGGGUGGAAGCAGAGAGGUCAAUAAUGAACAUGAGGUCAGACAGAUUGAGAUGACAUCCAGCAGACAAACCACACAAGACACUCCAAUAAAAUACAAUGACAUAUUUGAUACAGUCCCAAGUCAAGGAAAACGAAUCAGAACGGUGCUAACGAAAGGGAUAGCUGGAAUUGGAAAGACUGUCUCUGUGCAGAAGUUCAUUCUUGACUGGGCUGAAGGAAAAGCCAAUCAAGAUAUCAUGGUCAUAGUCCCUCUACCUUUCAGGGAUCUUAAUCUGAAGAAAGAGAACUACAGUCUCAUCCAGCUACUUCAUCACUACGCUCCAGAACUGAAAGAGAUAAAAAACCUUAAGGAUGAAAAACUUAAAUUCCUUUUUGUCUUUGAUGGUUUGGAUGAGUGUAGACUUCCUCUAGAUUUCCAGAACAAUGAGCUUUGCUGUGAUGUGACAAAGAUAACCUCAGUGGAUGUGCUGCUGACAAACCUCAUCAAGGGGAAUCUGCUUCCCUCUGCUCUCCUCUGGAUAACCUCUCGACCAGCAGCAGCCAAUCAGAUCCCUUCUCAAUAUAUCCACCAAGUCACAGAGAUCCGUGGGUUCAGAGACCCUCAGAAGGAGGAGUACUUCAGGAAGAGAAUCAGUGAUCAGAGCCUGGCCAACAGAAUCAUCACACACAUCAAGUCAUCGAGGAGCCUCCACAUCAUGUGUCAUAUACCAGUCUUCUGUUGGCUUUCAGCCGCUGUGCUUGAGAAUAUGAUGAGUGAUGCAGGCAACAGUGAAAUCCCCAAAACUCUGACUGAGAUGUACACACACUUCCUGCUCAUUCAGAUCAGUCUGAAGAAUAAGAAAUAUCACAGUGCCACAGUGGUAAACCCAAAGAAGCUGUCUCAGUCAGACAAAGAGAUGAUUCUAAAACUGGGAAAACUGGCUUUCCAACAGCUGGAGAAGGGUAAUCUGAUAUUCUAUGAAGAGGACCUGAGAGAAUGUGGCAUUGAUGUGAGUAAAGCUUCAGAGUACUCUUCAGUGUGCACAGAGAUCUUUAGAGAGGAGCUGGGAUUGUACAGGGAGAGGGUUUUCUGCUUUUUACAUUUAAGCAUUCAAGAGCAUCUUGCUGCAGUGUACGCACAUGUUACAUGUGUAAAUGAGAACAGAAAUGUUUUCAACACAGAGGAGCAUGGGUAUAUAUAUGGAUCACUGCUGUCUGACCUUAACCAAAGUGCAGUGGACAAAGCCCUGCAGAGUAAAAAUGGUCACUUAGAUCUUUUCCUCCGCUUCCUUCUUGGCCUUUCAGUUGACACUGGUCAGACUCUCCUUCAAGACCUCAUGACAAGAAGCUACUCAGAAAUGAGAGAACACAGCACAUCAAAGACAAUUAAGUAUGUCAAGGUUAAGAUCAGAGAGGAAUCAUCAUCUCAGAGGAUCAUCAAUCUCUUCCACUGUCUCAAUGAGCUGAGUGACAACUCUCUAGUGGAGGAAAUCCAGACCUCCUUCAGAUCAGGAAUUUUCUCAGAGAAAGAGCUGAGACCAGACCAGUGUUCAGCUCUGGCCUAUAUGUUGCUGAUAUCAGAAGAGGUACUGGAUGAGUUUGAUCUGAAGAUGUACAAAACUUCAGCAGUGGGUCAGCAGAGGCUGCUACCUGUAGUGAGGAGUUGCAGGAAGGCCAGACUAUCUGGCUCUAAUUUAUUGUCUGAAUCCUGUGUAACUGUGGCUGCAGCUCUCAAGUCAGUGAACUCACCUCUGAGAGAACUGGAUCUCAGUUACAAUAACCUGACAGAUUCAGGAGUGAAGAUACUCUGCACUGCACUGAUGAGUCAAAACUGUAAAUUACAGAUAUUUGGACUGGCUGGCUGCAAUCUGUCAUCUGAAUCUUGUGAAACAAUGGCCUCAACUUUACAGUCAGUGAACUCAUCCCUGAGGGAGCUGGAUCUCAGCUACAAUAGCUUGAGAGAUUCCGGAGUGAAACUGCUCUGUGCUGCACUAUUGAGUCCAAAAUGUAAAUUACAGAAACUAGGGCUUAAGAAGUGUCAUCUCACAGAGACCUGCUGUGUAGAUCUAGCCUCAGUGCUGAGAUCUCCCCACUCUAACCUGAGAGAAUUAGAACUGAGGGAAAAUGACCUGCAGGAUUCAGGAGUGAAGCUGCUCUCUGCGGGGCUAAAGGAUCAACACUGUAAACUAAAAGUGGCCUCAGCUCUCAAGUCAGUGAACUCACCCCUGCGAGAUCUGGAUCUCAGCUACAAUAAUCUGACAGAUUCAGAAGUGAAGUUACUAAUAAGUUCAAACCGUAAACUACAGAGACUGAGACUGGCCGGCUGUAACCUGUCAUCUGAAUCCUGUGUAACUGUGGCCUCAGCUCUAAAGUCAGUGAACUCACCCCUGAGAGAGCUGGAUCUCAGCUAUAACAACCUGACAGAUUUAGGAGUGAAACAGCUCUGUGCUGGCAUGAUGAAUCCAAACUGUAAACUGUAUAAACUGCGACUGGCUUGCUGCAAUCUCACAUCAGAAGCCUGUCGAUCUGUGGCCUCAGUUCUCCAGUCAGAGAACUCACCACUGAGAGAGCUGGAUCUCAGCUAUAACAACCUGACAGGACUUAAGCUGCUCUUUGUUGGGCUGAUGAGUCCACACUGUAAACUACAGAAACUAAGGCUGAAUGCAUGUAGUCUCCCACAAGCCUGUUGUGAAGAUCUGGCCUCAGUCCUGAGGUCUCCACACUCAAAACUGAGCGGGCUGCAGCUGAGAGACAAUGAACUGGAGGACUCAGGAGUGAAACUACUCUCUGCUGGACUGGAGGACCCAAACUGUAAACUGGAGAAACUGGGGCUUUCAGGCUGUCUAAUCACAGAGGAAAGUUGUGCUUCUUUGGCCUCAGCUCUGAGAUCCAAUCCCUCAAAACUGAGAGAAGUAGAUCUUAGCUACAAUCACCUGGGAGACAGAGGAGUAAAUCUGCUCUCUGCGCUACUAGAGGACCCACACUGUAAACUGGAGAAACUGGACCUGGGCCAUUCUGGAGGGUGUAGGAUGAAACAUGGACUGAGGAAAUAUGCCUGUCAGCUCACACUGGACCAGAAUACAGCACACAGACUCCUCUCUCUGUCUGAGGAAAACAAGAGAGUGACAGGAACGCUAGAAGAGCAACCAUACCCUGAUCAUCCCGAGAGAUUUAAGGUCUGUGUUCAGGUCUUGUGUAAAGAGGCUCUGACUGAACGCUGUUACUUUGAAGUGGAAUGGACUGGACCAAUUGUGUUUAUAGGCGUUACAUACAAGAGCACUGGUAGGGAUGAAGGCUACAUUGGGAUGGACAACAAGUCGUUCAGUGUUUUCUGCGAGAGUGAUAGAUUCAGUUUCUGGCAUAAUAAUAAGAUAACUGCAGAAGUCUCUUCCUCUCACCACUCUUCCAGAGUGGGAGUGUAUCUAGACUGGGCUGCUGGUGAUCUGUCCUUCUACAGUAUCUCUAAUGACACACUAACCCAUUUGUAUACAUUCCACACCACAUUCACUGCUCCACUUUAUGCAGGGUUUGUAGUUUAUGGAAAAUACACAUUGACUCUGUGCCAGCUGCUAUAG